CACGUCAAAUUACGUCAAACGACAUUUAUGAAAAAUGGCAGCGGCCGCCUGACAAACGGAUUGUUGAUGCGCAAAAUGUUUCAAGUUUUCGAAAUGACUUAUCAUUUUGUUGAGAAACAUCGCGUUGUCGAACAAUGGCACAAUUCCUCCGAUUGUGCAAACCGGAAGUUUGCUGUGUGGCCAGAAGUUACGGGACUCGCAGGUACCAGCAGAAUCAUUAUGAAACUUUAAAUGUUUCUCCUGAUGCAUCACAGAAAGAGAUCAGACAAGCUUUUAUUAGAUUGUCGAAACAACUGCAUCCUGAUACUAGUGGAAAACAAGGUCAUGCUGAUUUUGUGAGGUUAAAUGAAGCAUACAAGAUCCUGGGAAAAGAAAAUACUAGACGCCAAUAUGAUUUUAUUUUGAAAUACGAUAGAUAUAACCCAUCCUAUACACAUAAUUCGCACGAUAGGCAAUAUGGAAGUCAAUGGGAAUAUGAGGUACGUACAGCCGGAGGACCAUGGCCACCACCUCAACGCGAGCCAAAUGCAUACUUUGGUCUUCUCAUUGCCCUCGCAUGUUUUGGGUUAGGUUUGUUUCAAUUUAUUUUCAUGUUUUAUUCUAUGAAAGUGAGAAAGAUAGUAAUUUUGCGAAAUGCGCAAAUAGAAUAUGAAUACCAACAAAUUCGAGACUCAGCACUUAUUAAAAAUAGUAACCACUCUGCUUUAAAGGAUAUCAAUUCCAUUGAGGAUCUUGACGAAUACUUGACUAAAAAUAAUAGUGAAUGUUAACAAAUAUUUUAUUAGAAAUUAUACAGUGUUUAUAAGAGAUAUCAAUGUAUUGUUUCUUGUUUUUUGAUAUCCUUUUUGUUCCUAUUGCACCAAAAAUAGAUCCUAUUCAGAUUGUUAUAGAGAAAUGACUUUAUAUUUUUUGGGUCCUUUUUAUAAAAAUUUGUUUAUCUACUUGUAAUAAACAAAAUUUUAAG